UUAACGUCGAUACCUAAAAACUUAUACUUGAAUCCAACAAAUAACAUCAGGGUUAAUUGCAUGGUUGGUCACUGACAUUACAAAAAGCGUUCAUGUUUGGUCACUCGAAAUAUUUAAAUCCAUUUUUGGUCACUAACUUUACAAAAAAUGUUCAUUUAUGGUCACUCUCCGUUAGCUGCCGUCCAACGCCGUUAAUGGCGUCCGUUAAGUGAUGACGUGGCUGACGGAUUCGCCUAAUCAUCACCUUUUAACCCAAAUAUUGACUGACCCGACCCGCCACGUCAUUUAAACUCUCCAUGUCAGCCAAACCUAACCAAACCUCUAACCAAACCAAACCCGACCCAUAAAUAAAGAACUGACCCGACCCACUAAUUAAUCUACCCACCUUUGACUAAAACCCUAAUCGAAGACAAAUCCCGGCCGCCAAGAAGAAGAGCGGGCCGGCGGCCUCCAGCUUCAGCUUCGACAAGAAGGACAGCCCCGCCGCCGGGGACAGGAAUCAGACCAUCCCUCUGGCCUCCGAUAUCUGGAGCAUCACGGGUGUGGCGCCCAUGGUGGCGCCUCCUAAGCGAGGUAAUCACGGCACGGCGGCGGCGAUUCAGAUUUCUUCCGAGAUCUGGAGCAUUGUCGACGGUCCUCCGCGUAUGGCUCCGCCACCGAUGAUGAUGAUGAAUUUGGCGGCGGCGGAGAGGGAAAGGGGGUCGACGAUGUCGCCGGUUAAGAGGGAAGCGAGGAAGAAGAAUUCGUACGGAUCUCCAGGGAGUAGGCGUGGGGAGAGGCAGGGUCCGUACCUCGCUGGGAGGGAGAGGUCGUCGCCGCUGUCGAGGGAGUCGGAGAGAGAGCGGCGGCCGGUGGCGAUUUCACCUCAGAAGCGAGAAAGGGAGAGGAAUUCGUCGUCUUGGUCGGUGAGGAAGGAUUCGAGAAGAAUCGGAGAAGUCCGGGAGACAUUAUUGUUGGGCUCUGUUUUGGGGGCGAGGGAGAAGUUGUUGUGGGCGAGGGCGAGGAAGCUCUGGCGGACGAUUUCUUCCCAGGCUGAGUGGAGCAGCGAGAGGGAUAAACCCAUAUGGAGCUGUGAAUUCUAUGAUUGAUCAAGUUUUUUGAACUGGAUUGGAUUGGGGGAAAGAUUGGAUUUUUUCUUUCUUGCUUCCAAGUUCAGGGGUUUCUUUCAAGCUUGGGGAAGGAUGAAUGCGAAUGAAUAAUGGAGGUGGGUUUGGGUUUCUGAGUCUUGACCGGAGGGGAUUUAUAUAGAGGGAGUAGAGAGUAGGUUGAGAGAGAGGGAUGGAUGGGUGGGCAUGGCGUUGGCAGGGGAUAAAGAAAUGGCAGAGAGCAUGGAAAGUCUUCGGGGGUAAGGGGGGAAGACGACCGAGUUGGACAGAGAGCGUGGAAAGUCUUCGGGGGUCGGUGAAGAAGGAUUCGGCGAAGGCGAUGUCAGCGAAAGAAUCGGGGAAGUCCGGGAGCGAGUCGGUCAGUUUGGAGUCGGAAUCGUGACCGGCGUGUGAUGAGGAGUCGUUCUCCGCCUUCUCCUCGAGAAAACCUUGGACGAGAUGGGAGAGGCUGGGUAGAUUAAUUGGUGGGUCGAAUCAGUUCUUUAUUUAUGGGUCGGGUAUGGUCUAGUUUGUUUAGAGGUUUGGUUAGGUUUGGCUGACAUGGAGGGUUUAAAUGACGUGGCGGGUCGGGUCAGUCAAUAUUUGGGUUAAACGGUGAUAAUUAGGCGAAUCCGUCAGCCACGUCAUCACUUAACGGACGCCAUUAAUGGCGUUGGACGGCAGCUAACGGAGAGUGACCAUAAAUGAACGGUUUUUUGUAAAGUUAGUGACCAAAAAUGGAUUUAAAUAUUUCGAGUGACCAAACAUGAACGCUUUUUGUAAUGUCAGUGACCAACCAUGCAAUUAACCCAAUAACAUCAAUAUUUAACUUUUAUACUAAGUAAAAUUACAUGUUCAAUGGGCAGUCCAUGCUAGUUUUUAUUAGGGCAAUUGUUGCCAAUUCAACGGUGAAAUCACCUGCCCAAAAGAAGUAGCAGCGUUAGCGGGCCAAAUUAAUAGGCCGAAUAAGCUACAGUUAGACUGGAGUUCUGGAGAAUUAAAUCUGCGGAGCUGACGUUACUGACCCCUCCAGAAAAUAUGGGCUGCUUUCAGAUGGCUUAUGUGGCAAAAUUCAAAUAUACACGGUUGAAUAUAUAUUUGGGUUGACUUCUCUCUGUUUCAUUUCAGAACCUCAGUAAUGGAAGUUACUUCCCCUUGGUAAAAGGCGAGUAAAGAUUAAAAAGUGACGGUAAAAAUUUAACAUCACAAAAUGGCUACAAUACAAGUUAUCAGUGCCAGCAAGGUUCUCUUGGUUUCGUGAAAAAUUUCCUGCCAGCUCUUUCAUUGAAGAAUACCAACUAAUUAUCAAUGCCGGAGAUUAACUCUAGUGAUCUGCAUUUGCACGAAUAGUAAGUAGCAUGUGAUACACUCGAAUAUGAUCCUUAUCUUUUUCGUCGACCGGUGUGUAACCAUCUUUUAGAGUAGCUCUAGCUUCGAGUUAGUACAAACUUGUUAUGAUCAUGUUGGGUAGAUGGCUCGGGUCUAGCCGCGCCAAGGAAGCAUUCCAGCACCGCCCCAGAAGAUCCAGCAGCGUUAGUACUAUCGCAACCAAGUCGCGACCGCGCGAAGGUCUCGGGCGCGGCGAAGCCCACACUCGCGGGCAAAGAUCCCAGAUGCCGAACGACGACGUUCCAAUCAAGUGUUGACCCAGGCCAGGAAACCAGAAAACGACACCGCAUUUCCCGAGGAGAGGUCACAUCAUAGUCCUAGGUAUAAUCAUGGAUAAAUCCUUAGUCCUAGGUAGAGGUGUGGCCUAAACUCCUGACAUGUCAGUGGUCAUGUCACGUUGGAUAACUCACCCACCACCAUGUAGCCUAUAAAUAUGGCAUUUACUC